AUGACGACCACUAAAGGAAAACAUUGUGAACUCAAGAGUAGUCCUUCUGAUUUUAAUUUAUAUGGUUGCCAUUGCUCAAGCCUUUGGAAUAAUACCGAUAUUGACCAUGAUGUUCGUGCGCCUGUUGAUGAUGUUGAUCAGUUCGAUAUUAUUUUCUAUAUUUUAAUACAUAACCAAAUAAAAAAUCAAAAAUAGUUUAAUCAUAGUGAAUUAAGAAAUAUAAAAAAACAAAGAACAGGGUAGCAUCGAACCUCCAACCCCUAGGCCAACUCCAAAUGCUUUACUGACUAAGCCACAGAGACAACUAACUCUUUCUUCUU